AUGAUGAAUUUAUGGAUCUCUGCCGUGGGACAAAAAGAGAAACUCCUCCUCCAAUCUGCUCAGACGGUUCAUAAGUUGCUACUUCCGAAACAGUCGCUAAAUGCGGUUGAAAUCUCCGCUAAGUAUAGCCAUCUGCGGAAUCUACCAUUAGCGUCAUAUUCGGACCAACAGCCUGGUCUGCUCAUUGGCCUAAAUAAUCUUCACACGAUUGCGCCAAUCGAAGCUAAAAUACGGAGAGUCGGAGAGCCGAUAGCCGUACGAUCAAAACUCGGCUGGUCGGUGUAUGGUCCUACUUCAGGGCAAACAGAUAGCACAAUAUCCGUCAACCAUCAUCAUGGAAUCAGUAAUGACGACCUCUACAAUUUGCUGAAGAAGCAUUACUCUUUGGAGGAAUCGGCAGUCGAAAUAUCGCAAGAAACAAAAGAUGAGAAAAGGGCGCGUGAAAUUCUGGAACGAACAACCGUUCGUGUCGGUGACCGCUUCGAAACGGGGUUGCUGUGGAAAUCGGAUGAUCGUAUGUUUCCCGACAGUCUUCCGAUGGCACGUCGGAGACUAAAACAGUUGGAACAACGUCUCGAAAAGUCUCCAGAAAUCUACGACAAGAUCAGGAAACAGGUCGAAGACUACCAGGCUAAAGGGUAUGCCCAUCUAGCAACAUCGAAGGAGCUAGCGGAAACCGAUUCGCAGAAGAGGUGGUACUUGCCACUGAAUUACGUACAAAACCCGAAAAAGCCAAACAAAAUUCGUCUGGUUUGGGACGCUGCAGCAACAGUCAACGGCGUUUCUCUAAACAGUCAAUUAUUAAAGGGACCCGACAUGCUGACGCCUCUAACAGCGGUUCUCAGCCUUUUCAGAGAGCGACGAAUAGCCUUUGGUGGAGAUAUUCGUGAAAUGUACCACCAACUACGAAUUCGGGAUGCCGACAAGCAAGCGCAGUGUUUCUUGUUCAGGAAAAAUCCGGAGGACGCUGAACCAAGUGUGUACGUCAUGGACGUAGCUACCUUUGGCUCAACAUGUUCUCCGUGCUCGGCUCAGCACGUCAAAAAUCGAAAUGCGUCAGAAUUCUCGUCACGGUACCCGGAAGCAGCAGCAGCCAUAGUCCACAAGCAUUAUGUGGACGACUACUAUGAUAGUGUCGACACGGUCGAGGAGGCAGUUCGUCGUGCUGAAGAGGUGCGAUUCAUACACUCAAAGGCAGGUUUCGAGAUACGAAAUUGGGUGUCGAACUCCUCUGUAGUUCUCCGCAGUCUUGGAGAGCAAAAUCUUGCGGAAGACGUGCAUUUCAACGUCGAUAAAACUACGGAGAACGAGCGAGUCCUCGGGAUUAUCUGGAGUCCAAGUCAAGACACUUUCUCAUUCGCCACUGACCACCGUUCUGAGCUAGAGCCGUACCUCAAAGGUAUUCAACGACCCACAAAGCGAUUGGUGCUAAGCUGCGUCAUGGGAUUUUUCGAUCCACUUGGACUUCUGGCGCCGUUCACGAUCCAUGGAAAGAUGCUGGUCCAAGACUUGUGGCGAACGGGAUGCGGAUGGGACGAAGAAAUAGACGACAGUGCGAUGCAGAAAUGGAACCGUUGGGUAGGCCUGUUGCCGCAAGUAGCCGCUAUCCGAAUUCCCCGCUGCUACAUCGGCGAUUGCUACUCAUCAGAAGUUGAUUCACUUCAGCUGCACAUCUUCAUGGACGCAAGUGAGCACGCAUAUGGUUGUGUUGCCUACUUCAGGGCGGUCGCAAAUGGUCAGGCCAAGAUUACGCUGAUAACCUCUCGUUCGAAGGUAGCGCCUUUGAAACGACAAUCGAUUCCGCGCAUGGAACUGAUGGCGGCAGUUCUGGGAUCACGACUGUUGCGCACGGUACAAUCACAUCACUCCCUCCCAAUACACAAAUACUUUCUAUGGUCGGAUUCUCAAACGGUUCUCAGCUGGAUUCGUUCAGACCAGUUGAAAUACAAGCAGUUCGUGGCCUUUCGCAUCGGGGAAAUUCAGGAGAACACCAAUAUCUCCGAUUGGCGCUGGGUCCCGUCAAAAAUGAACAUCGCUGACGUUCUUACUGCAAUCCAACAGCCCAUGGUUCAUUGGUCCAUAUUUUCUGCUGCAGUCCGAAGAUGA